CGUCGCGUGACGUCACUCGGAGGCGCCCGCUCGGCGCGGCGCGCGUGUCCCGGGGGCUUCUGGGUACUGGAUUACCCCCGCCCCCCACGCAGGCGCCUUCCUUUCCGUCCCUGACGCCGCCGAGGUCGCACGCGUGAGGCUUCUCCCCGCCGAGAUGCGCUACGUCGCCUCCUACCUGCUGGCCGCCCUCGGGGGCAACGCCUCCCCCAGCGCCAAGGACAUCAAGAAGAUCCUGGACAGCGUGGGCAUCGAGGCGGAUGACGACCGGCUCAACAAGGUCAUCAGUGAGCUGAACGGGAAAAACCUCGAAGACGUCAUCGCCCAGGAGAAACUGCGAGUAGCCUUCAGACGGAGCACCUGCUCUGCUCUUACCUUCCCUGAUUUCCGUAGGGAUUGGCAAGCUGGCCAGUGUUCCUGCUGGUGGGGCGGUCGCUGUCUCUGCCGCCCCAGGAUCUGCCGCUCCGGCUGCUGGCGCUGCCCCCGCUGCAGCUGAGGAAAAGAAAGACGAGAAGAAGGAGGAGUCGGAGGAGUCAGAUGACGACAUGGGGUUCGGCUUGUUCGAUUAGGUUCCUGUUCACCCCCAUCCGCUGGCAAAUAAAACCCUUUUUAUGUA